CCCCCUUCUUCAUCAGUCCAAAUCAUUUCCUCGCCGUCCAUCGUAUAGGUCUGACGUCUUUUCUUUGGAGGACUUUUCCAAGUUGGAAAGAUGAAGCUGAAAGUUCUUUUGCUGCUUGCAGGCUUUGCUGUUUUUGCUGAGUCGGCAUGUCCCGGUUGCGACACCGCCGAAACCCUCAAAGUGACAGUUGGCUCUUUGGACUUCCAAAAAGAUUGCACUGCUUACAAAACCGCCUAUGACUGCAACGCAAAAUGUCCAGAUGUCCAGAAGGCUAUGACCAGCGAUAUGGCUGAUAUCUGUGUGUCCGGAACUGACACCCUGUCUCCGUGUGGUAUGAAAGUUGCCGACUGCGUCACCGACCUCAGGAAGGUGGAGACUGCAUCCAAGGAGAACAACAAGAAACUCGUGUGCAGCGAUGUCGCGAAAUUCUUCAAGUGUGCUGGAAUUGCUCUCGAUGAGUGCAAGAGCCAAAACGACACAAGGUUCAUCGACAGACUCAAAGCAAACCUCGAUGAGGUGGACAUGGAAGAAGGCUGCGGUGGAGAGUGCGCGGCCUCAGUGGGCAAAUGCUUGAAGAAUCUUAGCGCCGACCUUUCAAACAUCCAAGACACCACCAAGUUCAAAGAUAUGUGCAACCACUAUCGGGGGAUGCGUGGACCGUCUCGACAAUUGCACCAAACUACUCGAGAAGCUUAAAAAAGUCACGCCAGCUGACUCUCAGUUCUGCACCAUCAGCAAACAGAUUGAGGCUUGUUUCGUUGUGGUGGAGAAAGACCCCAGCUGCAAGCUGGAAAAUCUGAAGGUCGAUAGCACAGAGCAAAAGUUUUUCGACCUCUAUGGAACUACGUGUGAUGACGGGGUUAUGCUGCAGGCAUCUCUGCUUCUGACUGUGUUUGCUGCUCUCGCCAGCUACCUGAAGCAAAACUAACUCUGUAUCAACCCUUCCACUGCAUUGUCGAAUGCGCUGUAAAACGUUCUUUAAUAGAAUUACACAGUCGGUCUGGCUGGGGAGGGGUUAACGGGGUGAGCAUGGUCACUUCAGCAUCAUUCAAACACUCACACACACACACAGACACGCACACGCACACACACUCAUACACACACACGAACAUACACACACACACACACACACACACACUCAUACACACACACACACACACACAAACACACAGGCACACACGCAUUCUCCAGCUUGAGUCCUUCAGGUCAGAAACAUGACAGCCAAGACAUUUGGUAUCGACGAGGCUGAAUGUUGACUGUUGGGACAACUGCUACUUAUAUACUAUGUUGGCAUUCGACGUCUUACGUAUUCAAUGUUAUAUCACUUAAAGCAUUUUGUUCAUCUUCUUUUCAUUAUUAGUUAUCUAGCUCAAACAUUAUCACCAAUCAAUCUGCAAAGGAGUUAACAGUCAUAAAGGCUUGGUUUUUUUAACCAAUUACCGAUAAGAUACUACCAAUAAACGCAUCUAAAAUAUUUU